AUGGGGAUACCUCGGAAGGUUUCAGUCGUUUCCCUGAUGGUUUUCCUCCGUACGGACGCAGUGGCACACACGAGUUUCGGUACUACAGAGCGGGAUGGGCGGAUGGGAGUAGUCGCGUAG